CAUCACAACUUCAAAGGCGAUCAAACAUGUCUUCAAUGACAGAUGCCUCUGAUGUGGCACGCCGACAAGGCUUGGCCGAUUCAUUGGCUAAGAUUCGACAUCAUACAGCCUCUAAACUACCCAAUCAAAGAGCACCAGCACAACUCUUGGUAGCCGUAGAAUCCACAUUGCAAGAAUCAAGCGGAUCAAAAACAUUUUCGCCAACGGCAUAUCUGAUGGCAUUGGUUGCAAUGCUAGACAAAGCCUCCUCACAGUCUGGUUCAGAUUCAUCUUCUUCAUUGUUAUCAUCAACUCUUUAUCUACUAACACUUGUAACGCCUUUUGUCUCACCUGCCGUCUUGCACGCUCAAGUACAUGCUUUGAUCGAGCCAUUAUCGGUAGUCUUAUCUAAUACACAACAUACGGUCGCCACAGAUGCUGCAGAAAGUCAAGCAGCUCUUUUACGAUCGGCUUUAGGAAUAUUCGAACCGCUUCUCUUGGCAUUGGCGUCCGAUCGUGCGAUGCUAAGUAGCGAUUUGCGCUUACGAGGAUGUUGGAAUGCCACUUUACGAUUAUGCUUGGAUGCUAGACCAAAAGUACGCAGACGUGCUCAAGAUUUAGUUGGUCAAGUAUUGCAAUACAGUGAUACAACACAAGAUUCAGUUGGGAAUGCAAAAGCACAUCCUUUUGCUGUCAAAACUGCCGAAUGGGCAACAGCUGCUUUAGCUGAAGUUGGUGCUUCUGGAAGUGUGAAAAAACAACAAGCUCCAAAAUACGACGUCAAAGCAGGAAGGGCAAAGCAACCCGAAGUGGCCGCUGCAGCAAGACAGAAGAAUAUCGAUGGAGGAAGUGCUAAUAGUGGUAUUUGGAUUUGCGGCUUCCUUAGAAUGUUGGCGCCUACGUUGCCCUCGAAGUCAAUCCCUUCUUUGACAGCCAAUCUAUUACGAGUGAUUGGCCAAAACAAUCCUUUCUUGUCAGCUGCUGCAUUCGAGGUGUUCGAGAGCCUCUUCAAGAUCAGCAGGCCAAUGGCAAUCCAGAAUGGUUUGUCUACGCAAACACUAGGCUCAAGUUCUCUGUCACUGAAUUCAGCCAAUACUCGAAGCGUUCAUGCAGAUGCUCUUGUUUCCACUCUCGAUGCCCUUUUGUCAGCUAAUGUCAAACCAAAGGUGACGGAUAUCCAAUUGAUUAGUCCUUACUUACGUGCCCUAGAGAAUGCAAUGGUUGCUUACUCUCGCGUACAAGAUGGUCAGCCAGCUUGGGAACGUGUGCCGAUCGUUUGGACAACUGUGAAAGAGAUGGCAUUCUCCUCCCAAUCCAAAGCAAGUAGAGAUGCCAUAUCUGUGCGAAUGGCUGGACGUGAUUGCUUGUCUGCAAUUGUACGAUACUGUAUCCCAGAUUUGGCCAUCGAACAAGCAUUAACCGCUUCCAAAGCUUCAGGAAAGGAGAAAGAUGAGCUUUUAAACAUCAUCAGCUUUUUCGACGAAGCAUUCAGCAAGAAUGCAUUGCGCUAUUCACACUCUUGGCCAGAGAUCUUCGGUGUGCUUACAGCUGUCGUUUUACGAUUACGCUAUAAGCCCAAGGCGGGAUCUGUCAAAAGCUCAAAGGGUAAAUCCCACCAAUCCACGCCAGCAGCAGCAACAACUCUUGUAUUACCUUUGCUAUCUGUUAUCGGACAAUUGCGCAGUCAACCCAAGUUUGAUCAUCGGGAGCAAGUAGACGGAGUGAUUGGUGCGCUUGUCCAAGUCUGUGGGCCACAGGCAGUUUUGGAAAUCUUACCUCUUGGUCUUCUGGGAGAGAAUGGAGCACAAAAUGGACGAGCAUGGCUGUUGCCUUUGAUGCGUUCUAACAUCACGAACACAACUCUUGCCCACUUUGUGCAAACUAUGGUACCAAUGUCAGAGGCAUUAUUCAACAAACAAGCAGAAGCAGAAGAGUUGGAUGCAAACGGAAAGCCAGUUGCUCCAGUGCAAGCCAAGGUGUACGAAGCCCUGACAGAACAGAUCUGGGCUUUGCUUCCAGGUUAUUGUGACCUGCCUGUGGAUAUGCUGGAUGCUCUAACACAGCAAUUCGUUGAACUAUUGGCAAACGUGCUAUAUUCACAACCAUCCUUACGUCCAUCCAUCUGUAGAGCUUUGCAAGUUCUCGUGGAACGUAGUCAAUCCUUGGCCAGAUCGGCUGCGCCAAGCGAAAUGUUACUAGAGAGCUUUGGUGUUUCAAACGCAGACGGAAAGAAGUAUGUUGCCCGACUAGCCGAAAUUGCACCCAAUCUAUUGGCAGUAUUCUUCAACAUCUUUUCUCAGUCACCCGGAGAAAGUCGUGGAUAUGUGGCAGAUUGUAUGACAGCUUAUAUGAGCAUCAUGACUGCAGACGAGAUUGGUAAAACAUAUCAAAAGAUCGUCAAUACGCUAGAACAAUCAUUACCAACUUUGCAAACGGGUAACAAAGAUAACGGACCUAAAGCCAUUCCGCCUAUUCCUCAUACAAUGAUGGACUUGUUGAUUUUAAUGGUGCCGUUCUUGACCCAAGCAGAGGCAGACGCUUUGUUCUCGUUGGGAACAAGUGAUGCCCUCUUUGCUCAUCGUGAUGCAGCCGUUCAAAAGAAGUCCUAUCGUGUCCUUGCCAGAUUGAUGGAAGGUUCAAGAGGAGCAAAGGUAUUGGGCGUUGGGGAGAAUGAAUCUGGUAAAUUGCCAGAAUUGUUGGAGAAACUUCAAGCAACUACAGGAUCGGUCGUCGUUGGCGCUAAGCGUGAUCGUACAGCAUUGCUGGCAUCUAUCAUGCCCUUGAUUCCCGCAACAGAACUUCAUGUUCUGCCUUCAAUCAUUCCUGAAGCCGUUUUGGCAACCAAAGAAGUGAACCAAGGCGCACGUGAACUGGCUUAUCGUCUUUUGGUCGAAAUGGGUAACAAGAUGGACGCAGGAGGAAUGAUCAAGCGUGGAUUGAUGGAAGGUGAAGAGAAUGUCGGAAAUGACGAUGAGGAUGCUGAUAUGGACAGCAAGACAGUCUCGGCCAACAUUAAUGAAUAUAUCACAAUGGUAGCCGCUGGAUUGGCAGGAACUUCGCCGCAUAUGAUCAGUGCUUCAAUCACUGCACUGGCACGAUUGGUGUAUGAGUUCCAUGAAAAAGUACCCUCACAGACAUUAGAAGAAAUGGUGGGCACGAUGGACAUUUUCUUGGCAAGCCCGAACAGAGAAGUUGCGAAGAGUGCUCUCGGAUUCGUCAAGGUUGUGAUUGUCUCAUUGCCAGCUGAGAUCAUCGAUGUCAAUCUACCUGGCUUAGUUGGAGCAUUGUUCUCUUCUUCCAAGUAUCAUCGAGUUCAUUUCAAAGCAAAGAUUCGUCAUAUCUUCGAAAGACUUUUGCGUCGCUUUGGCUAUAAGCGCAUCGAGCAACUUACCGAUGAAGAUAAUCGGAAAUUGUUGGUCAACAUUCGUAAACGUAAAGAACGUUCUAAGCGCAAGAAGGCAGGUCAAGACGAUGCUGCAAUGGAGCAAGAUGAUGAUGAAGUUGAUAAGCCGCAAAUGGGACAACGUGCCCAAAAAACAGUCGGAGCAGAUGCGUUCGAGGAAGCAAUCUAUGGAUCAGAAUCUGAAAUCUCUGAUUCAGAUGAUGAUGAAGAAGAUGAUCACGGUGAACGUAAUGGUCAAAGAUCUUCUGCGCCAUCCAAAGGCCAAAAGCGUGACAAGAACAUCAGCGCAAUCGAACAAGAAUAUCUGUUACAAGAUGAUGAUGCUCCGAUGGAUCUGUUAGACCGAGGUGCUUUGGCAUCAGGCGGUAAGGUGACUGCUUCUGGCGGCAAGCAGCCUUCUGCGAGUCGCAAACGUCAACCAGGACAAGAAGCUUCCCGAUUCACCUUGGAUGAAGAGACUGGAAGGAUGGUGAUUGAAGAUCCUGAUGAACCUCAAACGGAUGAAGAAGAAAAUCAAAUUGAUGUUGAAGGAGCAGGUCGCGCUUAUCUUGAUAGAGAAAGAGGUGUUCACGGAAUGUCUACAGAUAAAAAUGGUAAAGUUCGUUUGAACAAGAACAACAAACGUAAUCGAGCAGCAGACGAAGAAAUGGAAGCAGAACAAAUGGAAUUGGAAGAACAAUUGGCAGCUUUGCAACGUCAAAGAGAAGCGGCUUCAGAAACAAAUGGUACCUCUGCUACUAAUAACAAGAAACGUAAACAAGAACGCAAACAGAUCGGACAAGAGUUCCGUGCAAAGAAAGCGGGAGGUGAUAUCAAACGUGGUGAAACGAGUCCGUUUGCUUAUGUUCCUCUACAGAAAGUUGGUGGAAAGAAACCUGGCAAAGCGGGUAAGAGUGAUAUCCGUUUCUUGGGCAAGGAUAAGAAGAGAAGAUCAUAAAUUAUAUUUACUUCAUUGUGUAGAUAGUCUCAUUUGUAUAAUCAACAUUUCAUCUUGUUUGAAUGAUGACGGCUGAACACGU